AUGCAAAACUUUAAAUUUAAACAUACUCAUUGUGUAACUUUCAACACAAGUGACCGACCGAUAAGGUUCAAAUGCUUCAUACAGAACACCAUCCUAGAUGUUUUAAGGAACCGUGGAUGGCAAGAAGUUAUUGGUGAAGGGGAGUGGGAUUUCUACUGGUGCGAUGUUGGCUGGAUGAAGGAGUACUUCGAUCACUUCUUCCUUGAAGAACAAACAAAGAUAUGUCACUUUAGAAACCAUUACGAAUUGACAAGAAAGAACCUGAUGGUCAAGAAUUUGAAAAGGUAUAGAAAGCAGAUUGAGAAAGAGUUCGGAAAAGUGGAAGCACAGAAGUGUGAUUUCUUUCCCAUGACAUUCGAACUCCCUACAGAGUACCACAUGUUCGUAGAGGAGUUCAAAAAAUCACCAGGUCAGAUCUGGAUCAUGAAACCAGUGGCCAAAUCGCAAGGAAAGGGAAUAUUUCUAUUCAGAAAGUUGAAAGAUAUUGUCGAUUGGAAAAAGACAUCAGUUGACUACAGCCCCCCCGUCAAGGAGCCAGUCGAGGCCUACGUGGUCCAGCGUUACAUCGACGAUCCCUAUCUCAUUGGCGGCAAGAAGUUUGACCUCAGGAUAUACGUCCUAGUAACUUCGUACACACCCUUGAAGGUCUGGCUGUAUAGAGAAGGAUUUGCCAGAUUAUCUAACACCAGAUUUUCGUUGGACUCUAUUACGGACACGUAUAUCCACUUAACCAACGUAGCAGUGCAAAAAACAGCGCCCGACUACGAUAGCGAGAAGGGUUCCAAAUGGUCCGUACAAAAACUCCGACUGUUCAUGACCUUCAAAUAUGGCAAGGAGAAGACGAACGAAUGCUUUCACAUGAUGGACAACAUGAUCAUACACAGCCUUCUCAGCGUGCAGAAGGUCAUGGUCCAAGAUAAGCACUGCUUCGAAUUGUACGGAUAUGACAUCUUACUUGAUGUCAAUCUCAAACCAUGGCUGCUUGAAAUAAAUGCCAGCCCUUCGUUACAGGCCAGCAAUCAAGAGGAUUAUGAUCUGAAGUUUCGCAUGCUGGAUGACGUUCUUAAUGUCAUUGACCUUGAAAAUAGAUUGACCGGAAACGAACGGAACGUAGGCGGAUUCGAUAUGAUGUGGAACGACGGACCCAUCUACGCUGAAUCAUCACUUGCUCCGGAACCACAGCAACUUUAUUUCAAUUCAUUCCCUGGUUUAAUUGAUUGGUUGAUCCAUUGGUUGAUUGGUUGGUUGAUUAAUUGA